AAGCUUUAGCAUUAUUAAUUGGUAGUACCAUCUGGCUAGAACUAUUCCAUUGCAGUAUCGACUUUGCAAGCAUAAAUAAAACAUCUGGAAAAUCCUCUCUAAAAUUCUAAUCACAGAUUCAUAGAGGCCUUACUACCUAUAUAUAUAUAGCCAUAUAUAACAUCUCAGCCUCCAUGCACCCAUCAUCAUCAUCAUCUCUCUCUCUCUCUCUCUCUCUCUCUCUCUCUCUCUCUCCUGUUGGGGGAAUUUAAUUUCUUUUGUGAACCAAGCAAUGGGAGGGAAACCUUGCGUCAUGAGGUUUUAUCUAAUAAUGGUGCUUCUCCUAGUGGAAGAGAACAAUGCUAUGAUGAUAGCAACAGAGUCUCCCACUCCACAACCACAACCAACAGGAAACCUUCCCACGUAUGGUGCCACUCCAGGCAGUCUGCAUCCUCAAGAGUGCAGUCCACAAUGCACGACGAGAUGCUCGAAAACGGCGUACAAGAAGCCGUGCAUGUUCUUCUGCCAAAAAUGCUGCUCCAAGUGCCUGUGCGUACCCCCAGGAACCUACGGCAACAAGCAGUUUUGCCCUUGCUACAAUAACUGGAAGACCAAGAGAGGAGGACCCAAAUGCCCUUGAAUUACCCUUCUUCCUUUUUUUCAUAUUAAAAGUUGUUUGUUGAACUCAAUUUUUGAUUUUACGAUUGUAAAAUAAUAUUCUGCCUGUUAUUCUAUUUAACUUGGCUGUCCAAUAAAUUUGAUUGUUGAUUAUCGAAUCACCUCUGUUUUCUCUCGUUUUAUUUUUCCUUUUUGUUGAGAAAGUCACGGAUGUUUUCAAGAUUUCGACUCUACGAAUCUCUGAGGGAACUCAAUCCAACUUGUGCUCAAACAGCACUUUCUUUCAUGGUGCUUUAGGGCACGUUUGAUUCAUUGUUAGACAAUAUUACAGGGUAGAGGAAUUUUAGAGCAAAUAAAUAUGCAUUACAACAAAAAACCAAUCUGGGCCAAAAUUGCCCGAGGCGGCUCUACAGCUAGCGUGGGGUAUUCAGUUGAACUCCCUCGUGAGUCGUGACCACAUACACUAGGUAGAUAUAGUUCUUAAUUCUCGUUGAAACGACUGUUUUGAACACCCUAGGCUAAUAGACCCAAUUUCACUAAGGGAAAUAAGUAGUACUUAAUUUGAAUUACAGGUGACGCAUUUUGAGAGAAUCACCUAUCUUGUAGAGCAAAAAAUAAGUACUUAAAAAAUAAGAAUCCUAGUGAAAUGAGGAACAGUCAAUCAGAGGCCUGGUUAAAUAUAGGGGAACUAUCAUGGACAUGUCUUUAAGCUAGCGUGUAGAGUAUAAAAUUAACAACCACUCCGGCUAAACUAAAUGGACUACAGGUUGAUUGCAAUAGUUAAGUUGUUUCUCCCAAAUAGUAUUUUAGUUGAUGUAGUUGAGGAGAAUGUCCUGCUUAGAAAUCCCUGAAAAUUUAGUUUGGCGAAAACACACCCUUGUUAUGUAAGUGAAUUCAUUUUUCCACUCCUCCAAACUUUUUUUUUUCUUAUUCAUUUAGAUUUAUUAUCUCAUCUCUUGAAGUGAAAUGAGUGGAGGGAGAUAGAUAGAGAGAAUUUAUUAUGGACAGUGCGUAGAAAUUUUGAGUACCCCAAACGAGCAAGCCUUUAAUGUGCUAAAAGCUCACAAUAGACCAUAAUAUGUGAUCACAUGAAAAAAGAUUAAAAAAGAGAGCAUAGAAGGUGAAAAGGAGAGUGCAAAAUUACUACCCUUUGGGUAUCUAAACUAUCAUUGGUUAUGUUAGUUUUUAUUUUUUUGCUUUCUUUUAAAAUUAAGGAGAGUGAUUUUGCCACUCCCUUUUUUGUUAAUGCUACUCUCAUUUGUGUCUUUAUUAGAUAAUUUGUUUUGUGAGAGAAAGAGAGUGACAUUAACAAAAAGAGGAGUGACAAAAUCAAUUUCCUAAAUUAAAUGAAAAAAAAUAGAUCGGUAAUUUUGGAAGCUGAACGAUUUUCUAGUUCGUUUAUUAUUUUUUCUUACAAAAAAAAAAAGCUUUUCGAAAGACAAACAAAUUGGAAUCGCUAGAAUAUAUAUUCAAAAAAAAAAAAACAUUUUUUCAGAAAAAAUCCCACUAUAGCCAUGACUCAUGAGCCAUCCACCAAGGUCUAAAUAAUAGAAGGUCAAAAUCAUAUAUUAUAGACCAAAUUUUUUUUACAGAGUACAACAACAAACGAUCUGUAAGCUAUAUCAACAAACAUAUAUUAUAAACAUAUAUUCGAUUACUUACAAAUAUUCAAACAAUCUGUAAGCUAUAUCAUCAAAAAGAAACGAAAACACGAUCGAGCACAACAACAAACGCUAAAACAAAUUACUUGUAAUAAUUCUGCUGGUGAAAUCAGCAGCAACACAGUUUUGUCUCGAAUUCCAAUAGUUCCUCAAUUACAGAGUAGUCGACCCACCUUGGUUUUUCUUAGCAACUGGAAUGGCUUUCGCGUGCUUGUCGCUGGCUUGGCGAAGGCUCAGGGACUUGGUCCCCUCGCCGUCUUCAAUCUUGCCGCCGUUCGGGGUUUUGAUCGGAAUCAGCUGCGGCCGAGCGCCGUCGCCGGCGUGUGGUUGUGGGCGAGGGAAGAAGAAAUCAGUUGGGAAGAACUUGUACUGAAGUCCGGCCAUGUAAAUAUGGCCACAGCUUUGUAUUCUGUUUUUUUUUUUUUUAAGAGCACUUUUGGUUGGUUUGUCC